AUGGCCAUACCUGUCUUGGACCGUUUGCAUGUAGCAAUAUCGAGCAGCUAUACUUCUUCCAUUAUACAAAAUAUUUUUUUACAACUUACACAAAACGUGAACUUGUACAUCUUUCGAGUCCUUUUGGGGUUCCUUCGAGGUCUUAGGAAAAGUAUAGACCAAUCAUUUAAUCCUAGAACCAUUGCAACCAAAACUGCUAAAAGUAUCGAGCUCUACAAAGAAUACAAGGAUACCAAUAUUGGACUAGAAGGGUUUGAAUCACAAUACAAGUAUAUUAUAAAAAAGGCUUCUGAAUGCGACUUAUUAAUUAUCUCAUCUAGCAAAAUACUUGGCAUAUAUAAAGACGUAUUUAGCUAUGAUACAUUCAAGUCAAUUUCUGAUUAUAUAUAUGCAAAAAACAACUCUGCGAAACUUGUAUACUUUAGUGCAGAGCUACUAAAAGAAGAAAUAUCAAAGCCAGAAUCAAAGAGCAAGACUUGGCAUGUUAUGCCUAGACCAAGCAAUAGCAGAGGCUUCAACGCUGGCCUAAAAAUUCCCCAACAAGUGUAUAUUGAGGAGUAUAGCUUUGAAGGCCACUACGGAGAUGUUGUUUGGAAAAAUAACUUGUGGAAAACAUUGUUCAACUUAAAUCACAUAGAGAAGAAGAAAAGCAACGUCAGCCAAGGAAGUCAAUCAUAUCCCAGGUUGGGCUACGGAUGGAAGACAAAUGAACAUAGGUGA